AGGCUUGAUUCUAGGCCACACUUGGCUGGAUAUUAUUAAAAAGGGUAGAUGGUGAGGCUGGUGGAUAAGUUUCUACCACUGAGAUUACUGUCCAAUACAUUAAAAAUGGGAAAGUAGUAAAAAAGUGAAAUAGCUUUUCAUAUACAUAUAAAAGAAGUUCCUAGAAAUGAGCUAAAGUAGCUGAGAAAAAAAUGGAGUUUUGGGGAGUUUUAAUUUCUGGGGUUUUAGUUUCUUGGUGGGUUUUGAGUGUAAAUGGUGCUAAUUUACCACCAUGUCAAUUCCCUGCUAUUUACAACUUUGGUGACUCAAACUCAGACACUGGUGGGAUUUCAGCUGCUUUUGAACCCAUUAGAGCUCCAUAUGGUGUGCCCUAUUUUCACAAACCAUCUGGUAGAGACUCUGAUGGUCGCCUCAUCAUUGACUUCAUAGCUGAGAGACUUAAGUUGCCAUAUCUUCAUGCAUAUUUGAAUUCCUUGGGAGCAAAUUUCAGGCAUGGAGCAAAUUUUGCUACUGGUGGAUCAACCAUAAGAAGACCGAAUGAAACCAUUUAUGAAUAUGGGAUAAGUCCAUUUGGUUUAGAUAUGCAGAUUAUACAAUUUGAACAGUUCAAGGCAAGGGCUACUGAAAUGUAUAAUCAAGCUAAAGAUCCUUCUGAAAAAGAUAAACUUCCAAGACCUGAGGACUUUACAAAGGCGCUUUACACCUUUGACAUUGGCCAAAAUGAUCUUUCUGUUGGGUUUAGGAAAUUGAGCUUUGAUCAACUGCGUGCUGCCAUCCCAGAUAUCAUAAACCAGUUAGCAUCAGCUGUCCAUCAUCUGUAUGAGCAAGGAGGGAGGAGUUUCUGGAUACACAACACGGGUCCGAUCGGUUGCUUGCCGGUUAACUUUUUCUACAUCCUUAAUCCCGAGCCUGGUUAUGUUGAUCAGUACGGUUGUGUCAAGAAACAAAAUGAAAUGGCCAUGGAAUUCAAUAGACAGCUUAAGGACAGAGUAAUCAAGUUAAGAACCGAGCUCCCAGAAGCUUCGGUUACUCUUGUAGACGUCUAUACCGCUAAGAUUGCAAUGAUUGGCAAUGCUAAGAAUCUAGGAAUGGCGGAUCCAUUAAAGCCCUGUUGCGGAUAUCACGUGAACUACGAUCACGUAUGGUGUGGGAACAAAGCAAUCAUCAACAAAACCGAAGUAUUUGGAGUUUCGUGCAAAAACCCGUCUAUGUUUGUAAGCUGGGAUGGAGUUCAUUACACUCAGGCUGCAAAUCAAUAUGUUGCAGAUCGUACACUCAAUGGCUCGUUAUCAGACCCUGCAAUUCCUGUUACUCUAGCAUGUCAUAAGCAGUAAGUAAGAGAAUCUUUUGAUCUCAAAUGUAUUGAAAUCUCCAUUUUGAUGUAUGGAAAGAUCUGUUACGUGCAAAUUGAUCUCAAAUGUCAUAUAAAAAAGACUUUAAUGAGAAGUUUUAAUAAUGUUGGGGACCAAUAAAAAAUAUUGAAGCUUAUGUGGAA